AUGGCUCCGAAACUCACCAAGCAGCAAAAAGCAGACCUUGUCCUGCGGCUCUGCGCCCUCAAGGAGGCCCAGGCCCGGCAUCUCCGCACUGCGGUCCACAAGGCGGCCGUCGGAGCCGAGCGGAAAGUGCAUAGACGGGUGAAGAAGGUGAGUAUGACCGUGCGAUCGGUGCCGAUUCUCGAGGUGUUGAACUACGAGAGACGGGCGUCGCCCACGAUAGCCGAAAUCGGCAAGUUGGCCCGGCGGCCCUGA